AUUUCAAUUUCCAUCUGGUCCACGUUCCUUCAUUUUCCAAACUCUUUUUAUACCCUAAUCCAUUUCACUGGUGAAAGACUUCCAUCUACCUCUCUCUCUCCCUCUCUCUAAACUCUCUCCUUCUACAUCUCUCUCUAUCUCUCUAAAACCUCUCUUUCUUUUCUUUGUUCAUUCUAUAUAUGGACAAAGGUUGGGGACUUGCUCUUGAUACUUCUUCAUCUUCCUCACCAAUACCAAUUUCAUCUUUGAAUUCAUUCUCUAGACAUAACACCAACGAUAAUAAUAAUAAUAAUAAUAGAAUGUUUCCUAUUUUAGGAUUCCCUGUUAACCUUACCCGUAACACCGAAGACGGCGGUGACCGGAAAAUAACCAGUGAAGUCGAUUUCUUCUCCGAUAGAAACAAACCAUCAUCUUCAGCUUCUCAUGAGCAGCAUCAACAUGUUAAAUCCAACAUCGUCAAAAAAGAGAUUAUAUCAACCGAUGAAAAACACGUUAAUACUGGUUUGCAACUUGCAAACACCGGGAGUGAUCAAUCUGUUGUUGAUGAUGGAGUUUCAUCCGAUGCUGAAAAUAAACGUGCCAAGACUACUGAGCUCGCACAGUUGCAAGUGGAGCUUCAAAGAAUGAAUUCAGAAAACAAAAAGCUGAAAGAAAUGCUCAACCAUGUUACCGGUAAUUACACGGCUUUGCAGAUGCAACUUGUCGCAUUAAUGCAAAAGAAUCACCACACUGAAAAUGAGGCUGUUAAUGCAAAAGCUGAGGAGAAAAAUCAAGGUGUUGGUGGAGGAAUGGUACCGAGACAAUUUCUCGCGAUAACUAAUGGAACAACAGAAGUUGAUGAUCAAGUAUCAAAUUCUUCAUCUGAUGAAAGAACAAGAUCAAACACACCUAUGAAUAAUCAAAUUGAAGGUGGAACAAGAGAUCAUAUAAGAAAUAACAAUGGUAAAAAUGGUAGAGAUGAUAGUCCAGAAUCAGAAACACAAGGUUGGGGUCCUAAUAAGGCUCAGAAAAUAUUGAACUCUUCCAAUGUUAAUGAUCAAGCUAAUACAGAAGCUACAAUGAGAAAAGCUCGUGUCUCCGUUCGUGCUAGAUCGGAAGCUUCAAUGAUUAGUGAUGGAUGUCAAUGGAGAAAAUAUGGACAAAAAAUGGCGAAAGGAAAUCCAUGUCCUCGCGCAUAUUAUAGAUGCACUAUGGCUGUUGGUUGUCCGGUUCGCAAACAAGUUCAACGUUGUGCCGAGGACAAAACAAUUUUAGUAACAACAUAUGAAGGAACACACAAUCAUCCAUUACCACCAGCAGCAAUGGCAAUGGCAUCAACAACAUCAGCAGCAGCAAGUAUGUUACUAUCAGGAUCAAUGUCAAGUGCAGAUGGAAUAAUGACACCAAAUUUAUUAGCAAGAGCUAUUCUUCCUUGUUCAACAAGUAUGGCAACACUUUCAGCUUCAGCACCAUUUCCAACUGUUACAUUAGAUCUUACACAAAACUCAAAUCCAAAUCCAUUACAAUUUCAAAGACCUCAUCAUGCACCAUUUCAAGUACCUAAUUUUUUUCAAGGACAACAACAGCCUCAGAAUUUUGCACAAGCAGCUGCAUCACUUUAUAAUCAAUCUAAAUUCUCUGGUCUUCAAUUGUCUCAAGAAAUUGGUUCGUCUCAUUUAACCACACAAGCUUCAACACAACAGCAACAACAACAGCCUUCUUUGGCCGACUCGGUCAGCGCCGCAACAGCUGCGAUCACUUCGGAUCCUAAUUUCACGGCUGUUCUCGCCGCCGCUAUCUCCUCUAUUAUUGGUGGUGGUCAUGCAAACAAUAACAAUGCCAACACCAACAAUAAUAGCAGAAGUUCUAUUAGCAACUUUUCAGGAAACUAAAUACCACUUUGUUUUUAGGUUUAUUUGUUUUUUCAAUUAAUAUAAAUUAUUAUUCCUUUUUUUGUUUUUUUUUUUUGUAUAUGGUUAAGGGAAAAAUGACGUCAUAAAUAUGUUCAUAUUCUUUUUAGUCCAUGUUUUGGGAUUGAGGGGAUAGUAGAAGAUACAUAAGAAAAAAAUCACUUAAAUUUUUUGCAUUUAUCAUUUUUCAUGUUGAAUAAUAUUCUUAGAUAUGUUAUUCAAAAUAUCUAUUUUUCUUCA